CGAUCUCCAAGUGAUAGAUCUUUUUGUUUUUGCUGGUUUUGUUGCUAAUUGUUCCCGCCGGAGACGGCAUGGCUUAUGGGCUGUUAAAGUUUAGGGCGUUCAUUACGGCAUAGUUGCCAACUGUCUCCAUGUAGGCGUCUGGGAAAAGCCUCCCGCUGGUAAUCUCAGCCUUCUUCUUGGAUCGAUCGUCAAGGGGAAGCGGCGCAGGUUCCUUUUCCUGGAUCUGUAUUGUUCACUCUGGGAUCUCCAUCGUUACUUCUGGAUUAUUAGUCUUACUCGGGAAAUGGAGUUAUUGGAAUCUUGGCGGAGUCAUACAACAAGUGGGAACGUAGGGCUCCUCUAACACCAUCACAUUGUGCUCGACUUCUUGUUGAAGGCAGAGACAAACAUGGGAACGGAGUUGCUCGUAUAAUCGUACAACCCUCCAAUAACCGCAUUUUUCAUGAUGGAGAAUAUGAAGAAGCUGGCUGUGAACUAUCUAAGGACUUAUCAGAGUGUGGCCUUAUCUUGGGUAUUAAAAAACCAAAGCUUGAGAUGGUUUUACCUGAUAGAGCUUAUGCAUUCUUUUCACACACCCACAAGGCUCAGAAGGAAAACAUGCCUCUCUUGGACGAGAUUUUAGCCAAAAGGGUAUCUUUAUUUGACUACGAGCGUUUUGAUGGAGGGCAGAAAAAUCGAAUAAUUGCAUUUGGAAAAUUUGCUGGUUUAGCGGCAAUGAUUGAUAUUUUGAGUGGAUUAGGAAAACGAUACUUGAAUCUUGGAUAUUCAACACCAUUUCUUUCCCUGGGGUCGGCAUAUAUGUACACAAGUGUUGCUUCUGCCAAGAGUGCUGUGAUUUCCGUUGCAGAGGAGAUAGCAACUCAUGGUCUUCCUUCAGGAAUCUGUCCCAUUGUCUUUUCUUUCACUGGUGCAGGAAAUGCUUCUGUUGCUGCGCAAGAUAUCUUUAAGCUUCUUCCUCAUAGAAUGGUUGAGCCAAACAAGCUUCUGGAUUUAUUUGAGAAGGGAAUCACAAGGCAUAAAGCUUCUUUAAACCGAGUAUUUCAAGUAUAUGGUUGCAUCAUAACUAGCAAAGACAUGGUUGCGCAUAAAGAUGCUACUAAAGCCUUUGACAAGGGUGACUACUACGCACAUCCUGAAAAUUACAAUCCUAUUUUUCAUGAGAAGAUAGCUCCAUAUGUAUCUGUAAUUGUUAACUGCAUGUACUGGGAAAAACAUUUUCCACGAUUAUUGAGCACCUUGCAACUUCAAGAUCUGGCAAGAAAGGGAUCUCCAAUUGUUGCUAUAAGUGAUCUGACUUGCGACAUCAGAGGCUCCAUCGAGAUUGUCAACCAGACCACAUCAUUUGACUCCCCCUUCUUCAGGUGUUGGUUUCAUCUGAUCUGAUAUUACUGUUAACAGUUUUCUAGCUGAUUUUUUCCAGGUGUAAUCUCUGCAGUAAUUCUUUCUUGAUUGUUGGUUAAUGGUCGCGGGUUUCAGAUACGAUCCAUUGAAUGAUUCAUACCAUCAUGACAUAGAAGGAAAUGGAGUUAUAUGCUCAGUUGUUGACAAUUUUCCAACGGAGUUGACAAAAGAGGCAUCCCAUUACUUUAGUGGCAUUCUUCGUGGAUUCGUUGGCGAUUUAGUUUCAAUGCAGGAGAUUUCAGAAUUGCCUGCACAUUUGAGACGGGCUUUUAUUGCCCAUGGAGGAAAACUUACUCCCUCAUAUGAAUAUAUUGCACGAAUGCGAAACUCUGCCUCGUCAUAACCUUUUUAACAUCUCAUUCAUCUGGGUCUACAUUGGAAACAAAGAUUACCGGCCUUCAUAGUCUUCUAGCCACAAUAUGAUUAGUGUUCUUUCUCUGCAAUGUCAAUAAUUAAUUUUCUUUAGGUGUAUAAUCCAAAGAAGAUUAGUGUUCCAAAUUCUAAUAAGAUUUUUAGGAGUUAAUUCAUGUC